UAUGGGUGUGCAGUGUUGCCAGCCACGUCAGGCCUGUAGCAACUGCUCUGCUCGUCUCUUGUCUCACCAAGGCAAGGUUAGAUACACUCUGGAGAAACUCGAAGGAAAAGACCUUGGGAACAAAAUCGUCAUAUUGGCAACUAGGAAUAGAUUUCCUGUCGGUUUCCAGUGGGUUAGUGAUGAAGCAGGUGUUAGAAUUGCAUUAAGUGACAUUGCUUUAUUAUUUAGACGUUUGGCGACGUUUUUGCGUUUCCAAAAGAGAGGGUUUGCAUACAUUGCUAAAGACCCCACUCACUCCGUCUUAUUGGUGUUUAAUUGAAACGCGCAAUUAUAAGAAAUGGUUGCCUUUGGUGAAUGCCAGUGAAUGCGAUUGCUUUCCACCGACCAACACGGCGGCGGUGCGCUAGGACACUUCAGCUAGCUGGAUCCCGGGUCGGGUGUGUACAUAGGCUUCCGUUACCGUAUACUAUCAGCUGUAGUGAAGGUGACUUGCGCCCCCUUUGCAGUCGAGGCAAUGCGGAGAGGAGUCGCGAGCGCUCAUCCGGUACUUCUGCGCUCUGAGGUAUGCCUGCAAACAUCUCUGCUUUUUCUUAGACUUUCUUAGACUUUUUCUUAGAGAGAGGUAGAGAGAAAAAAUAUCUGAUUUUUCUUAAACAGUAGAGAGAGGCAGAGAGAGAGAGAGAGAGAGAGAGAGAGAGAGAGAGAGAGAGAGAGAGAGAGAGAGAAAUCAAGAGCAAUAAUAAACCACAGAUAAACUGUCUCGUCACCAAAAUAGCCUAGCCCAAAAACGAAAGAGAGAACAGGAUAUCGGCGAAUAUAGGUGGUGGGGUAUAACGUUCUGUAUUAGAGCUGUUUUACUACUGGAUGUGUAUGCAUGAGUUCUGCACCGAAUGGGCGCAAGAACCGCCCCAGAUCCACCGGGAACAUCUUCCAGAUCGGCAAGGCUUCCUACCGAGACCCGGAGAGGAGGGAGAGCACGGAGAGCACACGCAAAGCCCAGCGCGCCGUGACAGACUGUAGGAUGAUCGUCCAGGAGUUUAACACACUUGUGGCCCUGUAUCGUGAACUGGUCAUCUCCAUUGGCGAGAUCUCCGUCGACUGCCCCUCAAUACGGGCCGAGAUGCACAAGACGCGAACUAAAGGCUGUGAGAUGGCAAGAGCUGCACACCAGAGCCUGUCAGUCAUUUCGGGGCCUGAGGACGGAGAGAUCCACCCAGAGAUCUGCAGGCUCUUCAUCCAGCUGCAGUGCUGUCUGGAGAUGUACAUCACGGAGAUGCUCAAGUCUGUCUGUCUGCUGGGGUCCCUGCAGCUCCACAGAAAAGGGAAAGGGAAAGAUUCCUGUGGGCCUUCCAGGAUUGACAGUAAGGUAGAUGAGAGCUCAGAUAUACCCAUUCUAGAAGACACCUCCUCCUCCCCAAUGGAUUGUCAUCAGCUCUGCUGGCUGGUCGCCACAGACAUAGACAAUACUGAGAGGGACAUGAGAGAGAUGAAGAACCUUCUCAGUAAACUCAGGGAGACGAUGCCUUUACCACUGAAGAACCAAGAUGACAGCAGCUUGCUGAACCUGACUCCUUACCCACUGGCCGGACAGAGGAAGAGGCGGUUCUUUGGGCUCUGUUGCCUGGUAACCAGCUAAGGGCCCCGCCUUCCUGGGUUGAAGGCGCAAGGGUGACGCUUUACUUGGGAGUGUAGUUCAAGGCACAACCAUAACAGUGUCCCAAGAAAAUCGUAGUGUCAUAAGACAUGCCAAAAUGUGACAACAUUUUUAUAAAAACUUAUGUUAACUAGAAUUACUUAUAUUUGCCUGUCAUGACCACUAUAUUUAUUUGCUUUAUGACAUAGUGUCAUAAGACAUUGACAGUUGUCAUAACAGUGCCCCAUAACGGAAAUAGCAUAGUAUGUCAUGUUUUGGAAUGUGUUAUGACACUUUACGAUGCAAUUAUGACACUUUACGAUGCAAUUAUGACACUGUUAUGUAUGUGUGAUGAACAAUACAUCAAGUAAAGCAUUACUUUGGCAACAAAGACACCAUUAACCACAAUCCUUCACCACCUGUGUCUCCCACCACCUUAUUACUGCCAUUUCCAAUAUAUGAUACAUUUCUCUCUUUUGUUAAAAAGGCUACCUAACCCAUUUUAUAAUUUAAUUUUGUAAUACAAAAAUGAAUUGUAAUUGCAAUGUAAUGAAACGAAUAGUCAUAAACAUAUAUUUUAAGUGUAUUACAACUGAUUUUCCUUUUGUCCGAGUUUUUUUUGGUUUGUCAGAGGUUUUCGGGAGAGAGACCAUUUGAAAUAGUAGGCAGGUUUCCAUUGACCAAGGUUUAUUCGACAAAGGCAAAGUUGCAAAAGGAAAUAUUGUGACAUGUGUAAUGGAAAUGGCAGAUAUCGUCCUGACUUUCGAGUACCUGAAUUGCUUCGUCUUGCUUUUCUGGUUGGCAGGAAAGUUUCACACUCCAAUUAUUUCAGAUCUACAGGAGUGAAAGUUUCAAAUAUGGCAAAUAUUAGGAAAUUAUUGCAUUCUUUCCAUGGUGGCUUUUGCGGGCUACCUGAGACAUGAAACAAAUAGCUGGCACACAGGCUGUCGCCAAUUUAUUAAUGUGUAAUUUGCCUAAAUGGGUCAUGGAAACACUUCAACCACUACAUUUUAUUCGACACUUUAGGUUUUAAUGAAAAAUAUAUAUAUUUUUAGGUGUGACGUCAUUAUGCCCAGCUGUUUUUAUCGACACAAGAUAGUUAAAUUGAAACAAAUUGACAAGUUAAUGGAAACAUAGCUACUGUCAACAUGAUUUUCUUCCAUAAAGCUGAAUUGAUGAAUGAAUGGUGUGUGGGACACAAUAUGAUCUGCAAGUGUGUGUCAAAAACAAUGUUACCAAGUACGACAUUUGCAGAAUAUAUGGACACACUGCUAGAUAGAAGGUAUGGAGCACAAUAGAGGACAGAAAGUCUGUUGUGUUUCCCUCUCUGUUUUCCAUUUCUUGCCGUCCCUGCACUUCCUGUACUGACCUUUAUCUAGUCUUCCAUGAACAAAAAACCUAUACCCAACUUUUACUUUCCAUCUUCAAGGAGGAAUAUACUAUACAAUACUCAAAAAAAGAUGAACUUCUUUGCACAUGCAAUAUCUAUCUUUAAAGUGAGACUUUAGAAUUGUGUAUAUACAUACUCUCUAAGCGAUGCGCUCUGAAUUAUUUUCCAGGUUGGGAUAGUGUGGUGAAGUCUUGGUUGGCAUAAGCAGGUGGCGUCUCCCUCUGUAAGGCACAGUCAGUGCUGACAGUGGGGACUCAGCAUGGGUCUUGCUUAUUAAUAAUAGUGCUAAAUGUGUAGGGCAUGGAAAAGGUACAGUACUCUAGUCAAAGCUGAAAUAAAAAGCUAUAUGUUAUUUUACAUUGUUAAUAAACUUUUUUAUUUAAACUGA